GCACACAUACACAGCACACAAACCACUGAAGGAACAUCCAUUUCCAUUCCAGAAGCUCCAGAAAAUGCAGAAAUGUGUAACUAAACCUCUACAAAGUACACCCUAAAUUAUGAAUUUCAGAAGUAACUGAUUGUCAUUGAUAUUUUACAGUAAUCAGAGACCUAUGGGCAGGAGGUCGUAAACAGACCUUGUGGUCAAAGGCUGGGCCUUACAAAGUUUAUUCUGAAAAUAUGAUGGACCUGGCACCAGGAAAGGAGUUGGAGUCAGAGGUUGUGAAUGCAUACCUAUGCAUUGUGGGCCGUACAACGGGGGCAAGAAUUAUUGACGCCUAUACAAUGACUGAGGUCUGGCAGGGCUCUCAAAAAUGUUUCAGAAGGCUUGACCUUCUGAAACAUGAUGUGGCUGCUGGAGCCGUUUGCCACCAGGGACACUGGACGCUCAUUAUCAUGUAUCUCAAGGAGAAGAGGUGCUUGUACUUGGAUCCAUUUGGGGCCACGCAACAACAAAUGGAUCAUUGCAGGGAUGUGACAAGAGCCCUGGUCCGGAAACAUAAUCCGGCAAUCGGGAAAUGGACAUGCUCCACUGUUGCCCAUCCGAAACAGCAGGACACCACAUCAUGUGGAGUGCUUGUUUGCAAGCUUGCAGAGCUGAUCUUAAAAGGUGAGGCUGUGCAGUACCCUGUGGACCAGGAGGGUGUUACACAGUUGAGACUGGACAUGGCCAUGUCCUUGUUGAAUGACACAGAUGACUUGUCCCAGUUAUGUCGGGCUUGUGGGGAGGAGAGCUCAGGGGCUGACACAGAUGACUGGAUUGAGUGCACCACCUGCACUAAAUGGUACCACAGUGUGUGUGUUGGGCAUCCCUCCACAGAGGGAGAUUAUUUUUGUAAGGGCUGUAUAUUUUAACUUUUUUUUUUUUUAUUUUAUUUUUUUUUUCCAUCAUUGCAAGUAGGCUACAGACUGAGGAAAUGUACAUGUUCACAAAGAUAAAAGAUUAAAACAAAGAUGUCAAUCGGCAAAGGAGUAGGCCUAAACUUGUGGAAUCUUUUAGAUGAGGAAGUAAAAAUGUUACGUUACAAAGAAUUAAAAAGAAAUACUAAAGUAGGAUGAUUAACAAAUAUGAAUGGCAGUGUGUAUAUGAAUGCAUUUGGUUUAUUUUGCACGUGUGAUGUAUAUCAAUCCAGAAAUGAAUAAUACAUUUUAUUUAAAUUGAUGAUAU